ACAAUUAACCUGAACUCGACAGAGUAUGGCAGAGACCGAAGAGAAGUCAGACGACAAUUAUUUCCUGUGUCUCCUUUGUUUCAAACCCUAUGAUAGUCCAAGAGAACUGCCAUGUCUGCAUUCGUUUUGUCGGCGAUGUCUGGACUCCUUCACAAAAUCAGAGUCCACUGCAACAGACACGACGUUUCCUUGUCCAGUUUGCGAAACCCCCACACCCCAUAAUAGUCCUAGGUCUCCAGUGAACACGUGGUCAUCUUUCCUUCCCCUUGGCGUGCCACACCCGCCGUCCCCAGGAGCGAGCGGUGGGGAUAACGGUAUAGCGUGUGAGGGGUGUCGGAGAGACGGUGAGGAUACUAGGGCGACGUACUGGUGCCGUCAUUGUGUUGAAGCCCUUUGUUCACCAUGUAGAAUUGCACACAGACGCAACAAAAAAACGAGUGACCAUAAAGUUGUCGAAGUCAGUGACAUCAGUAAGACUGGUGGACCGCAACCAUUGACUCUCCCUGUUCACGAAGGCUGUACUCAGCAUACAAAUAAAACAUUAGAGGUAUACUGUCUUGAUCAUCACUCUCUGUGCUGUAUCCUUUGUCUGGCAGUAUCACACCGGGAGUGUAGGCACAUGCGGAGUAUAGAGGAUAUAUCAAGGAAGCCUAUUGCGACGUGUGACGACAUCUGGGUCAAGCUUGAUACUGAAUCCAAAAUGUUGGUACACACAAAUGACGCAUCACUUGCAGCAAUAGAAUUAGAUAAAGAGAGCGUCACUGCAUCAAUAAAAUCUAAGCUAGACUCAAUCAGAAAGAAAAUAGAUGAACUUCAAUCGAAACUUCUCGACGACGUGAUACUAGCACACAAUAAGAAUCAAGAGCAUUUAUUAAGCCAUAAACAGAACACAGAACAGUUUUACACCAAUGUGAGGAAUACGCGACUUCUUAUGGCCACAUUAAGUGGGCACGUGACACCCCGACAGGCUUUCAUAGCACGAGAACAGGCGAACGUGCAACUCACGAGACAUUAUCAGCGUCUAAAGCAUAGAACACUACAGAGCGACAACUUGUACAGGCUAGAAAUCCAAAUGGAUGACGCUGUCGAUGAAAUCAUGAAUACUCUGACAGCUGUAGGCUCUGUCCAAGUGACAUCAACGUUGUCAGACACAACCAAACAUGCGCUUGCAGCGGCUGGGACAACGCUUGAGUCUAUGCAUAAAACGCAAACUCUAUCGUCAUUCUCCGAUUCCAUGUCUUCGUCUGACAUGAUAGGUUCGUUAACAAGAAGCAAAUUAAAAACAAAGAAUGUCGAACCAAAACCAGAAAUGAAAACAGUGAAACCGCAUCUGAUGAAAUCUGUACUGUCCAAAGAUCUGGUCGGCAGGCAGGUAAUCCUGCUGACUGGCGGUACAUUUGUUGAUGAAAAUAAAUUAAUAAUGGCCGACUGUAACAACAAAAGACUCUUAAUGUUUGACGAGAACUAUAAUUACAUAAAGCAAUAUGCUAUCAACGGAUGCCCAACAGAUGUCGCCAGAGGUAACAAGAGUAACGAAUUGUACGUUUCUGUCUACAACAAGGAGAUCCUCCGAUGCUCCCUUGCAUCCGGGCAUCUUGAUGUAAUUGGGAAAACAGAGUGUCCUACUUUGACGUGCGGUGUAGCUUUAUUGGAUGAAAAGUUGCUAGUUGUGACUUCAGACACUAUCAAAGUGUUGGAAGCGGAUGGACAGGAAGUAAACAGUGUUCUGAUAACGACCACCGGAACUACAUGUAUUGCGGCGUGUAGUCAGCGCCACAUGUACUUCCACAGGGACAACAACUCUGUCGUUGGUCGAACACUUGAUGGAC